GGAGGCCGAGCCGGGCCCCGCCGCCCCGCGGCUGUCCGUGCCCGCCUGCGCCGAGCGCCGGAGGAUGAGUUUCUCGGGACCCCGAUUUAUGAAAAUAUGCAUCGCUUUGAUACUGUCUUGGAAUUCAUGAGAUGGAAGCAUAGGUCAAAGCUGUUUGAAGAAAUUGGAACUACAGUUUUAUCUAGCCACAUCUCUGAGAGGUCUGAAGAAAGCAGCAGGUGAAAGUCAUUGUCAAGUGAUUUUGUUCUUCUGUAAGGAAACCUCGUUCAGUAAGGCCAUUUACUUCAGUGAAACAGCAGGACCAGUAAUCAAGGUGGCCGGAGAGGACACGUGCGAAUUGGACAAUGACUCAGCUAUACACUUACAUCAGAUUACUGGGAGCCUGUCUGUUCAUCAUUUCUCAUGGUCAAGGGCAGAAUCUAGAUAGUAUGCUCCACGGCACUGGUAUGAAAUCAGACGUGGACCAGAAGAAGCCGGAAAAUGGAGUGACGUUAGCACCAGAGGACACCUUACCUUUCUUAAAGUGCUAUUGCUCAGGACACUGCCCAGAUGACGCUAUUAAUAACACAUGCAUAACUAAUGGCCAUUGCUUUGCCAUUAUAGAAGAAGAUGAUCAGGGAGAAACCACGUUAACUUCUGGGUGUAUGAAGUAUGAAGGCUCUGAUUUUCAAUGCAAGGAUUCACCAAAAGCCCAGCUACGCAGGACAAUAGAAUGUUGUCGGACCAAUUUGUGCAACCAAUAUUUGCAGCCUACACUGCCCCCUGUCGUUAUAGGCCCAUUCUUUGAUGGCAGCGUCCGAUGGCUGGCUGUGCUCAUCUCUAUGGCUGUCUGUAUUGUCGCCAUGAUCGUCUUCUCCAGUUGCUUCUGUUACAAACAUUACUGUAAGAGUAUCUCAAGCAGAGGUCGUUACAACCGUGACUUGGAACAGGAUGAAGCAUUUAUUCCAGUAGGAGAAUCACUGAAAGACCUGAUUGACCAGUCACAAAGCUCUGGUAGUGGAUCUGGAUUACCUUUAUUGGUUCAGCGAACUAUUGCCAAACAGAUUCAGAUGGUUCGGCAGGUUGGUAAGGGCCGGUAUGGAGAAGUAUGGAUGGGUAAAUGGCGUGGUGAAAAAGUGGCUGUCAAAGUGUUUUUUACCACUGAAGAAGCUAGCUGGUUUAGAGAAACAGAAAUCUACCAGACGGUGUUAAUGCGCCAUGAAAAUAUACUUGGUUUUAUAGCUGCAGACAUUAAAGGCACCGGUUCCUGGACUCAGCUAUAUUUGAUUACUGAUUACCAUGAGAAUGGGUCUCUCUAUGACUUCCUGAAAUGUGCCACCCUGGACACCAGAGCCCUACUCAAGUUAGCUUAUUCUGCUGCCUGUGGUCUGUGCCACCUCCACACAGAAAUUUAUGGCACGCAAGGAAAGCCUGCAAUUGCUCAUCGAGACCUGAAGAGCAAAAACAUCCUUAUUAAGAAAAAUGGGAGUUGCUGUAUUGCUGACCUGGGCCUAGCUGUUAAAUUCAACAGUGACACAAAUGAAGUUGACAUACCCUUGAACACAAGGGUGGGCACCAGGCGGUACAUGGCUCCAGAAGUGCUGGACGAGAGCCUGAGUAAAAACCAUUUCCAGCCCUACAUCAUGGCUGACAUCUACAGCUUUGGUUUGAUCAUUUGGGAGAUGGCCCGUCGCUGUAUUACAGGAGGAAUCGUGGAGGAAUAUCAAUUACCAUAUUACAACAUGGUGCCUAGUGACCCAUCUUAUGAAGACAUGCGUGAGGUCGUGUGUGUGAAACGCUUGCGGCCAAUCGUCUCUAACCGCUGGAACAGUGAUGAAUGUCUUCGAGCCGUUUUGAAGCUGAUGUCAGAAUGCUGGGCCCAUAAUCCAGCCUCCAGACUCACAGCUUUGAGAAUCAAGAAGACGCUCGCAAAGAUGGUCGAAUCCCAGGAUGUAAAGAUUUGACAAACAGUUUUGAGAAAGAAUUUAGACUGCAAGAACUUCACCCGAGGAAGGGUGGAAUUAGCAUGGACUAGGAUGUCGGCUUGGUUUCCAGACUCUCUCCUCUACAUCUUCACGGGCUGCUAACAGUAAACCUUUCAGGACUCUGCAGAAUGCAGGGUUGGAGCUUCAGACAUGGGACUUCAGACAUGCUGUUCUUUGUGUAUGGACAGCUUUGUUUUAAAUGUGGGCUUUCGAUGCCUUUUUGGUUUUUAUGAAUUGCAUCAAGACUCCAAUCCUGAUAAGAAGUCUCUGGUCAAACUCUGGUUACUCACUAUCCUGUCCAUAAAGUGGUGCUUUCUGUGAAAGCCUUAAGGAAAUUAGUGAGCUCAGCAGAGAUGGAGAAAGGCAUAUUUGCCUUCUACAGAGAAAACAUCUGUCUGUGUUCUGUCUCUGUAAACAGCCUAGACUAUGAUCUCUUUGGGAUGCUGCCUGGUUGAUGAUGGUGCACCAUGCCUCUGUUAUGCAUACCAGACUUCCUCUGCUGCCAUGGGCUUACAGGACAAGAAUGUGAAGGUUGCACAGGACGGUAUUUGUGGCCAGUGGUUUAAAUAUGCAAUAUCUAAUCGACAUUCGCCAAUCUCAUAAAAGCCAUCUACCUUGUAACUGAAGUAACUUCUCUACCAACUUUAUUUUUAGCAUAAUAGUUGUAAAGGCCAAACUAUGUAUAAAGUGUCCAUAGACUCGAACUGUUUUCCUCCAGUCACCAUUUUGUUUUCCUUUUGGUAAUUAUUUUUGUUAUAUAAUUCCUCCUAUCCAGAAUUGGCGCUCACUGUCUUGAACCAUACUUUGAAAGAAAUGCCUCUUCCUGGAGUCUGCCUUACUGCAUCUGAUCACCAUGUGCAUACCUCUGAUCAAAUUCUGGAGUCUUUGUUCUCGGUACCUCUUAAAAAGGGAAAUUGUGUAUCAUGUGUAGUGUGCUUUUAUUUUCAAAAUCUUCAUAGCCUUUAUUCUAGCCAUUUUUACCUACAUACUCAUUCUGUACAAAACAGCUCACUCGGGUCUCACAGCUGAUCCUCAGUGGAAAUGAUUUAAAGUAGAGCUGUGUGCGAAUUUCAGAAUUCAUGUAUUUAAAAACUUCACACUAACACUUUACUAAGAUAUUGUCUCAUAUCUUUUAUGAGGAUGUCAGCUGAUUUUUCAAUGACUAUAAAUGUAUUUUAGCUAUCUAAAUCUUUUGAAAUUUGGUUUUAUAAUUUCUGGUCCCUAACUUGUGAAGACAAAGAGGCAGAAGUACCCAGUCUACCCACAUUUACACUGAACAUUAUUAAAUAAAAAGAUGUAUAUUUUAUAGAGGCCUUGUUAUCUCAAAGAACAGUUCUGGUUAAAACUUAUUAUACCAAUAUCAUACUAUUGAGAUGUUUAUUCUAAGCAAACAAGCCAUGUGACAUUGUUUCUUUGGAUAAAACAAACUAAAGAUGGUUAUAUCAAAACAUAGAUCGAUUUAAAUUAAAUGGGAGGCAGGUAGGGCAUGUGUCCAUCUGUCCAUCUACAGACAUGACUAAACUUAGUAAAGUACCUACAGAUCAUAGUCCACAAAUUUGUUUUCCUGUUUCGUUUAAUGAGUCUCAUCUAAUGUUCCAUCUAAUGUUCUAAUGAGAACACUGGGUCUGCCUUUACAUGUUUAACUUGUGUGCGGAGGCCACAGUAAUGAUUCUUGUCUACUUAGUGUGCUCUAAGAAAAGGCCAUCAGGAGUUAAUUGUAAGGCAGGCAGCAAGUGCUCCAGUCAUUGCCUUCCCACUGCCAUCACUGCGCUCACGGAGAUGGCAAAUGCUGCUCUCUUUCCUUAUUUGGCUUCCCAAAAUCGAAAGUUUCAUUAAAUUUACUGUGUUCUCCUCCCCCUCUUACUCUUAAAUUUAAAAUUCAGUAAGUGAAAUAUUUAAGAGUGCAUCAGACCUUUGGCCAGUGAGAAGAUGCUCAGUAGGUAAAGACACUUGCUGCCAAGCCUGCGAGCCUCAGUUCAGACUGCGGACACAGUGACGGGAGGGCGCCAACUACCGUCCAGUUAUCCUCUGACUUCCACACACUCCAUGGCACGCCCGCUCCCCGAAACACACACCAUUCACUCCACAUACUCAAAAGUAAUUUAAGGAAAAAAAAUAGAACCCUCUGUGUUAAUGUAUUAAGUAUUAUGUAGUUACUUAAUUAACAACUUGUAAAUACCUGGAAACUAUGAUUUGGUCCCUCUUUGAAUCUAGAGUUUAAAAAACACAUGGCUAAAAUCAGCCAUCCUUUAAAUAAUUAAAUAUAAAAGCCCCAAACCCCAAACUGCUUAAAUAUAUACCAAGUAAUCCAGGAAGACGUCAUGUGUGGUUUGUAUGACCAGUAGUUCUCUAGUACAGAGCAUGUUAAGAUUUGCCCCAGCCUGAUUCUGCGAGGUUUCUACAGCACUCAGUACUGUUCUGAGUAUAAAGUCUGAACUGAUUACUCUGGAAUAUUCUAACAAAAGAUAUUUUAGUCAGAGAGCUAUGUUCCCCUUCCAGUGUCUAGAACCUUUCCUAAGCCUGUAAGUCACCUUUUGCUGUCAUCAGCUGUUGUCCUGGAGUGUGCCAGUUUUCAUUUAUUCAUCCUAAUAAUAGUCAAUGUGUUCUUCUUUUUAGAUGUUUUUCUUGUUUAGAAUAAAAGGAAUAAUUUUUCAAGAACCAUGCAUCUCUGAUUUGGCCUAAGGUCAAAUUGGAUAUUGGGUAGUCUACUCCAGGGCAGAUUUCAAAAGUGAUACGCUUGUCUUUUCAGAUCUGUAUUGUUUUGAAAUGUUUCCAAAAGCCUAAGAUAAUUUCAACAGAAGUGUCACUGGUGAAAAGAAACGUGGUGUAGCCCUUGUGGUAAUAACACAAACUGACUUGAGUCAGAGGUUACGACAGUUACAGUUAUCUCGCCUCCCGGCUGGAAGAGGCAUGGAAACAGGGCAAGCAGAACCUGAUUCUCUGGGGUCCUGUAUGAACCCACAGGGCACGGGAAGGAUCGUCCCAUAAAGAAAGCCUGUGAGGACGGCUUUUGCAAAGAGUUAGACGUAACACUGUAAUUUUAGGUUCUGCUCUGUACUUCCUUUCAGUGGAAUUAUUUAAGCUCUUUAGUGACCUUUGUUUUUCCCACUUAAAAACUAAAAUGUAGCAUAUGUUGUAUAAAAUGAAAAUAUUAAUGACUUAGGGAGAUUGUACAUAAGGCAUUGACAGGUUAAAAAAAAAGCAUUUUUAUUAUGCAAUUGUAAAACACCAAAAAUAUAGAUUCAUCUUUGAUAUGUAACACACUAAAUGUAUUUUGUACAGCAUCUGAUUUAAAAGGUGCCUUAUUAAGUUUACCAUUAAUUGCUUUGUUCUAUAUACAGAUUAUGUUCAAUGUAUCAUUUUUCAGUAAAUAACCUUAUUUUAGUAUACUUCA